UUCUGUUUAUUUGUUUUUUUUUUUGCUUCGAUAAAAAAAAAUGAUCAAAAUUGAUAGUUUACUACUGAAAUUGAUGGAAGUAAUGGUAAAUUAACAUUAUGGCAAUUUUUAUUGGAACUAUUAUUAUCAAAUAAAUAUGAACAUAUUAUAAGAUGGACAAAUAAACGUGGUGAAUUUAUUUUAGUACAAGCUGAAAUUGUUGCAAAAUUAUGGGGUAUGCGUAAAGAUAAAAAUCAUCGUAUGAAUUAUGAUAAAUUAAGUCGUGCAUUACGAUAUUAUUAUCAAAAAAAUAUUAUACGUAAAGUACAUGGACGUAAAUUUGUUUAUCAAUUUAUAGGAUUAAAAAAUUUAAUUAAAUUUUGUUGUACAUCAAUUAAUUCAACACCAAUAACAACAUCAAUUACAACAUCAAUAAUAACACCAACAGUAGUGACUUCAGCAUUACAACAAACAUUGACACCAUUAAACAAUUUACCAAUACAUUCAAAAAUUGAUGAUAUUGAUUUACCAGUAGCAUCUUCAUUAUAUCAUAAUGCUGGUAAAUUAAAUGAAUUAUAUAAUCAUAAUCAAAAACAACAUCAAGAUUGGUUUUAUACACCUUCUCAUAAUAUUAAAUUUUAUGAAAAUCAUAGUGAUUGUAAACAUACUACUACUAGUAAUACUACUAAUAAUAUUCUAAAUACUAUUACUAAUGUGAAUAACUGUACUUUAACAUCUACACAAACUGACAAAGCUUCAAAUUUGAACUGUUCAACUAAUAACUCAAUAUAUUCUCCGAAUAAUUUGGAUAUAGCAACAAUUACAACAUUUAUCAAUUCAUAUUUGAAUAAGAACAACUACGAAACGAAUACCAUUACAAAUAAUAAUAAUAAUGAUCAUGAUAAUAACAAUAAUAAUAAUGACAAUAAUAUCUUGCUAAAUCAUGUUGGUGAAUCAACAUCAACCUUGUCUGAUCCAAGUCAGAUUAAAGCUUCACAUGAGAUUAACGACUUAAGUGAUUUUAUUUCUUCUUGGGUAUCUAUGAUGUCACAAAGUAAUUAUCUCAAUAACUUUCGAUUAAUGGAAUGUUUUAAGCAAUCAGGUAAUUUAUUGAACCUGUUUAAUUGUCAUAAUAUCGAACAAUUCAAUGUUGAUCAAGAAAAACAAAUAUAUUCAACUGAUACAUGUUGUCGAAUAGAACAAAACAAUUCAAUGUUAAAUAAGGAGAAAAUUAUUACCAAUAUUACCGAUAAUAAUCAAUUUAUAAAUAAUCAAAAUAUUGAUAAUUGUCCAGUGAAUUUACAUGCUAAUUAUCAUCCGGACUUGAUGAAUAAUUAUGAUUCAGAAUUAUGGAAAGUUGAAGAUUUUACACAGUAUGAAAAAGAUAAUCCAAUGAAUUUUACUGCUACAAAUUUAAGAACAUCUGAUAAAUUACAAUUUAAACAAUAUUGUAAUCAAGACAACAGACCUCGAUCACCGUAUUGUGAAUGUAGUUGUCAUUCACAAUUAACACAUGAAUCUAAUUAUCCUCUAAUGCAAAGUAUACAACACCAAAUUAAUUCAUCUCAUUUAACAGACAAUAAUAAUAUCAUAGAAAAGUUAAGAGAUUAUUCAAAUAAACAAUCAAUAACUGGAAAUUCUGAUGAAUUACCAACCAAGUUACAUAAUAAACGUCAUUCAAUUAAUAUGAAACGUUUAGGUGAGCAACUGACACGUUUAAAUCAUUUAAACUCAACGGGAAAUUAUUCAAAUAAUAAUUUAAUGUUUAUAAACAAAUAUUCUCCAAUAAAUAAUAAUAAUAAUUUAACAAAAUCGAAUCUUAUAAAAGAUGAACAAAUUGCUAAUCAUAAUGAAGAUAUUAAUAGGAAUGAUUAUUAUUCUACUGGUGAAUGUAAGAUACCACUGACAAAAAAUGUCAUGUUAUCUGGUUCGAAAAUGGCGUCGAAUUUAAAUUCUUCAACAGUAAACACCACGUACAACAAUAGUAGAGCUGAUAACACGAGUAUGUCAUCCUUACCGACGUUAUCUAUGUCAGAGAAUAAAUGUGUAUGGAUGCCCGUACCUGUGACUAUGCUGAAUUCAUGGUUUAAUUUACUAUCAAACAUAAAAGGUCUUAAUAACAAUUCGAUAAAUCAAUCGAAUUUUAUGACAUUAUCCUCCUUCUCCACUUCCUCCUCAUCGACAUCAUCAAUGUCGUCAGCAUCUUUAUCAUCAUCAUCAUCAUCAGUGAAUAACAAUUAGACUGUUGUAAAUUUUUAAAAGUUUAAUAAUCAUUGCAUGAAACACAUACUAUCAUUUACAUUUCACUUUAAAUGAUCAUCAAAUUUAUACACAUCCUCGUUGGAUUGUACUAAUUAUUCUAAAUACUUUUUGUUAUCAUAAAUGAUAUGUGUAAACAUUCCACAUAUGAAAAAUAGUUAUAUAAUCAUACUUGUGUUAUGUAUGAUCAAUUGUAUAUUAAUUUAAUUACAUUGAACAAAUUCACUAACGAAAGUAAACUGACCUGAAAAUCUUGAAAAGAAAAAUAAUCAUAAGGCAAAACCUAACAACCGAUGCAUUUGUUUAUUUCAUUAUCUUUUUUUUUCUAGUUUUAGUGAAAAAAAAAACAGUAAAACAAUACUAUUAUUUCAGUUUAUUUUGUUUAGCCUAUAAUUUUCUUGCUAUUCUAAACGAAUAUACAUUCUUAUGAGUGAUAUUUAAAGUUUGUUUUUCUUAUGCCAUCCCAGAUUCAUGUUGAUGUGAUAAUAUACUUAUAUAUUUGUG